CACGAUGAGAAAUGUGAGUACGUUUCUAAUAGCCACCAACACCUCCCUGGCAAGCCCAGCUUCUGUCGGGACCGACUCGGCUUACAAAUCCACGGAGUACAAGGCUGUCUCGGUACUGUUGGUAUUGACAAUAUGUGGCACUGGAAUCAUUGGCAAUGUAAUGGUGGUGCUGGUGGUCUUGACCGGCAGACACAUGAGAACCCCAACCAACUAUUACUUGCUCAGCCUCGCUGUCGCCGAUCUCAUGGUCCUUGUCGCUGCUGGAUUACCGAAUAUUUCUGACAGUCUGAUAGAGCAGUGGAUCUAUGGGCAUGUGGGCUGCCUGGGUAUUACCUACCUCCAAUACUUGGGCAUCAAUGCAUCGUCGUGCUCCAUCACAGCGUUCACUGUGGAAAGAUACAUCGCCAUCUGCCACCCAAUGAAAGCACAGUCCAUAUGCACUGUCUCCAGAGCCAAGAAAAUCAUAGCAUUCCUUUGGUUCAUUACCUCCUUCUAUUGCAUGCUGUGGUUCUUCUUGGUGGAUCUCAACAUCGACAGCAGGCAGAAUGUUGCGUGUGGCUACAAAGUCUCCAGGAAUCUCUACUUGCCCAUCUACUUCAUUGAUUUUGCCAUCUUCUAUGUGAUCCCUUUGAUCGUGGCCACAGUGCUGUAUGGCCUGAUCGGACGAGUGCUUUUCCUCAGUCCCAUGCCCAAGCAGGUUAAUACAGGACCUGAGCAAUGGAGGCCGCACCAUGCACCAGAGCAAAUCGGUUCCCACUCUGCCAGCUGGACAAGUAAAGGAUCCAUUUCAUGCAGAAAACAGGUAACUAAGAUGCUUGCUGUGAUUGUGAUUCUAUUUGCCUUACUCUGGAUGCCGUACAGAACAAUAGUCGUGGUCAACUCCUUCAUGGACAAGCAAUAUGAGAAUAUUUGGUUCCUUCUAUUCUGCAGACUAUGCAUCUACACCAACAGUGCUAUCAAUCCUGUCAUUUACAAUCUAAUGUCUCAGAAAUUCAGAUCUGCUUUCAAAAAACUGUGCAACUGCAGUCAAGAUGACACUCGGCACCGACUGUUGUACACAACCCGACUUAAUUACAGUUCAGUGAAAGAUGCCAUCAAAGGGAAACCUGAAGUUAAUGGCAAGCAACACAGUGUAAAGAAGAACGAUCAGGAGAAAGACAACAACAUAAAAAUGGAGGAUGUGACACUUGCAGCACCAGACCAGAACGGGGCGGCUCCUAGACACGGGGUCGUGCAUCACAUCCCCACCGUGGGCCCUCCGGUGCAUGCUCGGGCGCGCCGCCUACCGCCGGACAAACUGCGCAUCGCCCGGGACGAAUAUCAACUGAUGGAGGACAUGGGGAUUGACUUCUCUGCACACCUCGAGGGCGCCGCGUUCUUUUCCAAGGUUGACCUCGUCCGGGGUUACAACCCCAUGCACCCCGACGAUGUCCCGAAAACCGCCACGAUCACCCCGUUCGGCCUGUUCGAAUGGCUGGGAAUGCCGUUCGGAUUAAAGAACCCCGCGCGGGCAUUCCAGCGGCUGAUGGACCAGCUGCUGCCAUUAUGUGUCCCCUGUUCUGGUGCCUGGCGGGCAAACCGCGGGACCUCGCGUGGUCCGAGGAGGCGGACGCGGCUUUCGAGGGUGCCAAGGGAGCUAACGCUACCAUGUUGGUGCACCCGCGCGCUUCCGCCCCCACCGCGUCAGCUGCGGCCUCCAGAAUGCAACUACAGCGCUUUCGACCGCGAGCUUCUGGUGCUGGACCUGGCCCUCCAGCAUUUCAGGUAUUUUCUCGAGGGCCGGGUGCUCACCGCGUUCAUGGACCACAAGCCCCUUACUUUCACCCUGGGUAAGAUCGCUGAUCCGUGGCCCGCCCGUCAAAAUUCGGAAUUUACGAUCGAUGUCCGCCACGUUGCAGGGAAACUUAACGUCAUUGCUGACGCGUUGCCCUGCCCCGCCAUCCCGUCCGUUUUGGCCCUCGACCAUGGUAUCGACUACAGUGAGCUGGCAGCAACACAGCGGGCAGAUGCUGGUACGGACAAAUACCGCACGGCAGUAGCGCCUUGCGGAGCGGUAGGCAUCAUGGUCUUGUGCGAUGUCUCCACAGGUCGCGCCCGCCCUAUUGCCCCCGUCAGUUGGCGACGGCGGGUCUUCGACGCCGUUCAUGGCCUGGCUCACCCGUCCAUUCGGGCGACGUUCGCUUUGGUAGCGGCCUAG